GUCCUCUCGCUGCUGCAACAGGCCAAUUGCACAUUGCUGCAUUGUGUGCGAGGUGAAGUCCUCCCCUCAGCAUCAUGGCUGUCCACAUACGGAUGAGGUAUAAGUAUCGCUCUGUUUCUUUUCUGAUCUUCUUGUCUCCCCUUUCAGCACUUUAUAAUUCCUAUACACGAAUACCCCCUGACUUCCACGAAUCCCAAGCAUACUUUGAUACCGAGAGCCUCUCCCAAGAUCAACUGUCUCUGUCUACACAUCAUUGCUAUCUCUUCUUAGCAGCCUUUUCUCGCAGACUUUCUGCCCCGAUUGACUUUGAACACAAAGGCAAUUGAUCCUGCAACCAUGAGUGAGUCCAUUGCUACUGUCCUAGACGACCUGGUUGACUGACAA